AUGACCCACAUGCCUGCUAUCAUGCAAGAUGCAGUCGCUGCACACGUCUCCGAUGUUAACGAUGAGUUCGAGACUGCUUCUGCAGCCCUGCACGAAGUGAAAGAUGAGGCUAUAAUCGAAAUGAAAUCGAUAGAGCAAUCAGCAAUUCAGGGGAUUCACCAAGAAUCCCAGGUCGCUGGCGAAGAAUUCCAAGAACAGUCACAAAGACUGUCAGAGGUCCUCGCUGACAAGUGCACCGAGCUUGAGGAACGACUCGACGCAAAGAUCAGUUCCUUGGCACCACCUGGCUACUCGAGACUUCCUUCGGCUACCACCAACAGCGCCAAGGAGGCUGUGAAGAUGUUCGAGCGCUUUCACAGGGGCCGCCUUACCCCUGAGGAGCAGGUGAGGGUACUGUUGAGCAUCGCAAAAUUCAAAAAUGCUGAAGUAUUCGUGGCCGCCGAUCUGGAGAGCAGAAAGAUGCUGAUUGAGCACUGGUCCGGUUAA